AUGCCGCCCCGAAUACCUGUCCCGCGGGCCCCCUCGCCUCUCCACCAACUUCUCCCCAUUACAGCCAAACGCACGAUUAAGUCCCUCCUCCGCCCUCAAACCACGCGCUUCAACUACUCUCCCAACCUACCCACCCUCACCUCCACCCCGACCGGCGCCCUCGCCCGCAAAGAGGCCUCCGACACCCUCCCUCACCGCACCGGCGCGCUAGCCAUCAAGCGUGGCAUGACCGCCCUCUACGACGCCACCUCUGGGCGCCGCACGCCCUGCACCGUCCUCCAGCUGGACCGCGUGCAGGUGCUGGCGCACAAGCGGCGGGAUAGGCAUGGAUACUGGGCUGUGCAGGUCGGCGCGGGGAGUAGACAACCGAAGAACGUGACGAGGCCUAUGGCCGGGCAUUUCAAGGCCGCGGGGGUCAGUCCCAAGAGGUGGGUUGCGGAGUUUAGGGUGAGGGAUGAGGGGGGUUUACUCAAGCUGGGAGAGACGAUUUCGCCGAGGUGGUUUCAGGAGGGGCAGUUUGUGGAUGCGAGGGCGGAUUGUAAGGGGAAGGGGUUUGCGGGUGGUAUGAAAAAGCAUGGCUGGGCUGGCCAGCCGGCGUCGCAUGGGCAGUCUUUGACGCAUAGGACGAUGGGUUCGGCGGGUGGUUCGCAGGGUAGUGGUUCGAGGGUUCAUCCGGGCAAGAACAUGGCAGGGAGGAUGGGUGGACAGCGGGUUACGGUGCAGAACUUGAAGGUUCUGAAGGUGGACGAGACGAACGGGAUUGUCGUUGUGAACGGAAGUGUGAGCGGGCCGAAGGGCUGCGUCGUCAGGAUCCAGGAUGCGCUCAAGAAGGCCUGGCCGGAGAUUCCAUCGCCCAUUGCGGAAGCGUCAGCAACUACGACGGCGUAG